CUGUCAUUUCUCAGGAAAAACGGAGUGGAUCCCCUAUCAAAGCGAAAAGAAACACGGGUGACAUGAAACAUCUGCAUUAGUCACAGGACUCCGCUUUGAAUCCAACUAAAAGGUACAAAUCGACGACUUGGUACAGUACAGUUCCACUAUUUUGGAAGUUUUGCUCUGUUUUUUUUUUGAUAGAUUUGAGCUUCAGUUUUAAUUAUUGGCUACAGCGGGACUUUGUGCCGGAGCUUGAACCAUUUGGGACACUGACACCGAGGUGUCCAAACAGCAUCUUUACAGCGCACUUAAACAUAUUUGACUGUGUGAUUUGAAAUAUGUCCACAAUAAUGGAACAGCCUUUUUAUGACGACUCGUUUCUCUCUGCUUAUGGCCACCCAGGCGCAGCACUGCCAGACUACAAGCUGCUUAAGCAGAAUAUGAACUUGAACUUCUCAGAUUCAUACCGGAACUCAAACUUCAAGUCGCAGCACCUGCGCGCCGAAAGUGAUUUCUAUUCAGCGGGGACGGCGGACGUGGGCUCCCUGAAGCUCGCCUCUCCUGAACUAGAGCGACUUAUCAUCCAGAACAGCAACGGGGUCAUCACUACAACACCCACACCUGCCCAUUACCUGUACAACCGCGGCAUCACGGAGGAGCAGGAGGGUUUCGCUGACGGUUUUGUGAAAGCGUUGGACGACCUACACAAGAUGAACCAGAUGGCGCCUCCAAACGUGGCCAUCGGCACCGGAGGGGUGUCCUGCUCGGCUCCUGCCUCGGUGUUCGGCUCAUCCAUGCAACCAGAACACCUUGAAUACACAACCCUCAACAGCUGCACAACGAACCCGAGUCUGUCCUCUGCAGGCAGCUACCCGUCCACCACCAUCAGCUACCUGCCGCACCACCAGUACCACCAGCACUCCCCGGCCGUUGCGCACGGGUCUCACCAUUUCCAGCACUCUCUGGCAGGUGCGGGCAUCCACUCGCAGCGGUUCGUCGGGCUGAAAGAGGAGCCCCAGACGGUACCUGACAUGCAGAGCAGCGACAGCGGGUCUCCGCCGAUGUCCCCCAUCGAUAUGGAGAACCAGGAGCGGAUCAAAGCGGAGAGGAAGCGCCUCAGGAACCGGCUGGCCGCAUCCAAGUGUCGGAGGCGUAAACUGGAGCGCAUCGCUCGUCUGGAGGACAAAGUGAAGGUCCUGAAAACGGACAACGCUGGACUGUCGAGCACAGCUUCUGUUCUGAGAGAGCAGGUGGCCCAGCUCAAACAGAAAGUCAUGACACACGUGAGCAGUGGCUGCCAGCUCAUGUUAGCGCCUAAAGUCAAGUCUUACUGAAGAAACUGAGCACUUUUAAUACACUGGACGAGAACUGCACUGAACUGGCAAAGAACUAUGUCUUUUUUAUUUUGAAAUGAACUGGAUCAUGAUGGUUUCUUUGGCUGAUGAACUGUAGCCUUUGUAGAAAUCAUGAAAAAAAUAUCAACACUGCGGGCAUUUCUUUCGUACAAGUCUUUAAAAGGGUCCCCAUGGCAUCGCCUGUUUACAUUUUACUUUAAUUUCUAUUUGUGAUGUAUUAUUGUGUAAGUUAUUUGCGUUUGUCAGGUUGAACCUGUCUUUUUUUACCUGUACAGUAUAUAUAUUUAAGUAAAUGACCUUAUGAAACAAAGAUAUAUGUGGUGGUGUUUUGUUUUGUUUUUUGUCAUUGGGGUUGCGUUUAUCAGAAAACAUGAGGAUUUUCAUGCUUAUUCUGGUUAACAAAACCACACUGUAUAGUCAGCGGUUCAGUCUACAGCGGUAAUUUGACGUUGGAAACAUCCCAGUGUAGGAUUAUGUCUCUAUUGACGUAAGUACGUAAGCCCAUAUAUGGUCAUUUUUCUGGCAAACGUCACAUCACGAAAAGUUUCCGGGAACCCCCUCCUACACUGUCCGUCAGAGGUGCUGCGUCUUCGACUUCACACCACUGUGAGUGUGCGUGUGUGUGUGCGUGUAAACGAGAGGUUUGUCAAUGAGUGGUUUAUUCUCGUUAGGGGAGUUUCCCCGGUCUGCUUUCAAUUUCCCAAA